AUGGCCCAGUCGUCUUCAACCAAUCAGGAACAGCCACGUGUCCACAAACCUCCUGUUUCUACCCUGAAUUCCGUUCAUGACAUCGCGUCCUCUCCUCCUCUCUCCGCAUAUGUUCACAUCCCCUUCUGUCGCCGUCGCUGUCACUAUUGCGACUUCCCUAUAGUCACAGUGGGGGCCAGGGACCCGUCUGUACAUGAACGGCUGAGAUUGAAGAUGGAGAAUUACGUGAAUUUGGUGAUCAGGGAGAUUAAAGCCAGUUCUUCUCCUCCGCGUCCUCACUCUCCUCACGCUCCUCCUCACUCUCCUCACUCUCCUCUUCGCACAAUCCACUUUGGAGGAGGUACCCCCUCCCUCCUCCCGCCGGACCUACUCGCCAGGCUCGUCGACACUCUCCGCCAAACCUACGGCCUUGCUCCGGACGCAGAGAUCUGCUUGGAGGCCGACCCUGGAACAUUCGACGAGGCUCGGCUCCGAGCCUGGGUGGAAGGCUCGGGAGUGACGAGGCUGAGUGUGGGAUGCCAGGCGUUUGAUCAAGAUUUGCUGAAGGCGUGUGGCAGAUCUCACUCUCUUGCUGACGUGUACGAUGCUGUCGAUGCGGUGAAGCGUGUGGGACUGCAAAACUGGAGCUUGGAUUUGAUCUCAGGCCUGCCAGGUCAGACCCUCGACAGCUGGCGGCACUCCCUCACCGAAGUCAUCCGCCUUGGCCCCAGCCACGUGUCAGUCUAUGAUUUGCAGGUGGAGCAAGGCACAGCCUUUGCCCGCUGGUAUUCACCCGGAUGCUCCCCCCUUCCUGCCGAUGAUCUUUCCGCUGAGAUGUACCGGGAAGCUUCCCGGCAGCUUCGUGAAGCAGGAUAUGUUCAUUACGAGGUUAGCAACUAUGCCAAACCUGGCUUCCAGUCUCGGCAUAACCGAACCUACUGGACGAAUUUUCCGUACCUGGGGUUCGGGCUGGGCGCGGCUAGUUAUGUGGCCCGGAAGAGGUUCGUUCGGCCCCGAACCUGGGAUGGGUACGGGGAGUGGGUCGGCAAGUACGAAGCUAGCAACGGGGUUAUUGAUUGGCCGGAGGAUUCCAGAGAAGAGGAGCUGCUAGAUACGGUCAUGCUCGGGCUCAGGCUCGGGGAAGGCUUGGGAAUGCCGGAGCUGGCGGGUAGGUUCGGCGCGGAGGCUGCAGCGGCGGUGGGGAAAGCGCUGCAGAAGUUUGUCAAUGCUGGAUUGGUGGAAACAGUGCAAGUGAUGCCCGAUGGAAGCAUGGAGGUUUUGGGAGCAGGGAAGCAGUGUGUGGGAGUAUUGGAGCAGCAAUUGGAUGCGAUUGUUGCUCAAGAGAUAUGGGAUGCGCAACAUGGUAGAGUGAGGGAGAGUGGAGAGAGAACAAGGGUGGUGGAAGGCCACUCUGGCAAAAGAGGAAUUGAGGGUGGUGAGAGUGCCGGUGCUGGUGGUGAUGAUGGGGAGGUGAUCUUGCAGGGCCUUAGGAUGCGGCUGACUGAUCCGGAGGGGUUUCUGGUAUCAAAUGACGUUAUCUCAAGUGUAUUUGAGGCGAUUGGUUGA